AGCCAGUUCCGAUCUAGAGGCUUCAUCUAUGUAACAAGGUGUGAGUCAAUGCUGUACCUUCAGCCAAGACCCAGCGAGCUCAAACCACCUGUAACGACUGCAAUGAAAAAUCAGACAUCAGAAAAUCUGCAUCAUAGAAACAUCCCAGCGAGGCUCCAGGUUCCAGCAGAUACUUCGUCCUCGUCUGUUCAGAGCGCAGAUGGCAGCCGAGCCGGACUUCCUGCAGCUCAACGACCUGGCCUGCGAGUCGGUAGGAGGGAAGGUGAGUCCACGAAGCAGCCAGGAGUUAAAACACAACUCAACAGAAGCUCCAAGGACACGGCUUCGCUUUGUCCUGGUGUCCUGCAGGUGAUUUUUGCUACGGAUGAGUGGUUUGCUCCAGCUGCAAACCUGCUGAAGAGGCCAGCGCCACAGUUCAUCGCCUCUGCCUUCACCGAGUUUGGGAAAUGGAUGGAUGGCUGGGAGACGAGGAGGAAGAGGACAGCUGGUCAUGACUGGUGCAUCAUUGAGUUGGGUGUUCCGGGCCAGAUUUAUGGCAUCGACCUGGACACGUCCUUCUUUACCGGGAAUCACGCACCAUUCGCUUCCAUCCAGGCCGCUUGUCUUGAACAUCCACCCGCCUUCACUCUGGAAGGAGACAGAACCGGCAUGGCCGCCUCAGACGCUCAGCUGGCUGCCAUCACCAAGCUGGUCUCAGAGGCGUGGCCAGAGCUGGUGGGUGUGUCUCAGCUGAGCCCUGGAUACUCUAACUGCUGCCACAACCACUUCAAGGUGAACUUCCAGCAAAGAGUCACCCACCUGCGCCUCAACAUGUACCCAGAUGGAGGGUUAGCUAGGCUGCGAGUGUACGGCGUCGGGCAGAGAGACUGGUCGUCUGUCCCUCCCACCCAGGACGUGGACCUGGUCGCUCUGACCAAUGGCGGAGUGUGUCUCGGCUACAGCGACGCCCACUUUGGACAUCCACGCAACAUGAUUGGUCCAGGUCGCGCUGACAACAUGGCUGACGGAUGGGAAACCGCCCGAAGACUGGACAGACCCCAGAUACUUGAGGUGGACCAGCGGGGGAUCCUUCAGGUCCCGGGCUGGGAGUGGGCCGUGUUUCGUCUCGGUCACCACGGCAUCAUCAGCAGCGUUGAGGUCGACACCAACCACUUUAAAGGCAACUUCCCGGACUCCUGCAGGAUCGAGGCCUGCACCUUGACCCCAGAGGAGGAAGCUCAGUGCAUCAGAACCAAGUGGAUUUCUGGAAACUGGCAGCUCCUUCUUCCGCCUCAGAAACUUCGUCCUCACCACAGGCAUCACUACAGCCAGACGGUUCUGGCUCUGAGCCGACCCGUCAGUCACGUCCGUGUCAUCAUCGCCCCGGAUGGAGGAAUCAGUCGGCUCCGGCUGUGGGGUCGCCCAACAGCAGCUCCGACCCAGCAGAACAGACCAGCGUCCAAACUAUGAGACUCACGUCCGAGUGGCUGUGAAUAAAUGACCAAAAACAAUGGCAUCA